CCCUUCCGUUUUCCCCCCCAAAAUAAUCGCCAGAUGAGGAAGGGGGGUGGUCACCCUCUGCCAAUCUACUCUACCGAGCCAACGCAGUAUCGCUCCUUAUCAGCUUUCCCCCAAAUGCACCUGCACAAAAAAACCUUGAAUCGCUGCACCAUUCUAACUGCCGUUUAUCUCACGCAUUAGGGCGUUCAAUGUGGGCCACAACAUGACUUACGCUACGUCUUCUCCCGCUGCGACCGCUGCUCAGGGCAAUACUCCGCCUAUCUGCCAAAAUUGCACGACGUCGACGACGCCGUUAUGGAGGAGAGAUGAAAUGGGCUCCGUGCUGUGCAACGCCUGUGGCUUGUUCCUCAAGUUGCAUGGCCGUCCGCGACCGAUAAGCCUCAAGACCGAUGUGAUAAAGAGUCGAAAUCGGGUCAAGAGUUCGGGUCAAAAUCCCAAGAAGAAGUCUCUUUUUGAAUCCAAUGGCCUUGCUGCCGCUCGGUCAGACGCUGGCACUCCGCCCAAUAAUCUCAGCGGCCACCGACGCACGUCACAAAAAGCCUCUUCGGGUGCCUCUGAUCGAUCCAACUCGCCCAUUUCACGCACCGCCACGCCAUACCACAACCCAAACAUUGCUCCGCAGAGCAUGUUUGAUGGGGUGACGCUGGCUGAGCACAAUUUCCACCCGUCGCCGUCGCUGCCGUCGUUGAACCUGAGGCAACCGUCCCCUGGUGCCGGCGCAUCCUUUGGUGAACGACAUCUUGAGCCGCCGCAGUCGUAUGAGUCGUUGCUGGCGACAAACACGUCGCUCAAGACUCGUGUCAGCGAACUCGAAGUGAUCAACGAUCUCUUCCGGGGCCGCGUCGCCGAGCUGGAGCAAAGCGAAGCGACUGCGCGACGAGGAGAGAUGAUGCGACGAGAGUCGGAGACCCAUCUCAGGCAUAUGCUGGAUGAGUCGCAAGUCCGAGAGGGUGACUUGAAACGGCGACUUGACGAGCUGGAGGCGGAAGUCAUGGACUUGCGUUCCUCUGGCCCUAGAACCAAGAAGAUGCGUGUCUCGGACAUUGUGGAUGAUGAAAAUACUCCCAUCGCCACCACCACUCCUCCUCCUUCAGCGUCGUAAAACUUGAGUUUUCAAAGUCCCACAGGCGCCAGCCUUGUGUUGCGAUGGUUUUGCUUUAUUGUGAUACCAGUCUAAUGAAUUGUGUUAUUUUUCCUUCUCUCUCUCUCUCUCUCCGGACGGUCCUUGCUUUUGGGGUUUGUUCCUUUUUUAUUUCUUUUUUUCUCUUUUUUACUCUAAAUGGCCUGACGCGCUGGUUCAGCGAGUGUAUUCAGAAAAA